AUGUUGUCAAGCUAUCUUGCAACAUUUCUCACCCUCCUCACUCUGUUCGGCUUCUCGAACGCCUUCCAGUAUGAUGUUACCUGUGACCAUGGCAUGACCGCCUCCCAGUGCACCGCCGCAUAUGGUACAUAUUGCACCGCUCGAGGCCUUCUGAUGAAGCAAGGACCAUCUACCGACUGCACAACUAACAGAACUCCAGAACCAAACGGCGGUGUGUACUGCUACUGCAAAUUCCACUACGUCGCAUCCGAAAAGACUACCGGCAAGUUCGACCCAACUGAGAUUCUGCAGCAGCGAGAAGAGGCCGACAUCCAGGCUAUUUCACUUCCAACUCCUACAUUUGAUCCAAAUGAGAUCCUUCAGUGGACUCGUGAUGUUGAGAAGAGGAAUGAGGCCGCUUUACCUUUGCCAACACCAAAUUUUGACCCAACUGAGAUUCUCCAAUGGACUCGCGACAUCAAGGAGCGAGCCGAUGCCGUCGUUCAGUCUCACCCUUUGGCUCGACCAACAUUCAACCCUACAGAGAUCCUUCAGUGGACUCGUGAUGUUGAGGAGAGACAUGAUGCCGCUGCUCCUCUCCCAACUCCCACCUUUGAUCCAAACGAGAUUCUCCAGUGGACUCGUGACGUUGAGAAGAGAGCAGACCCAGUCGAUGACACCCUUCCCCUCCCAACUCCUACUUUCGAUCCCAACGAAAUCCUCCAAUGGACCCGAGACCUAAACGAGAGAGCCGUUGCUGUUGUUCAAUCUCACCCGCUUGCAAGACCAACAUUCAACCCCAAUGAGAUCCUGCAAUGGACCCACAACGUCAAGAAGCGCGCAGAUGCCGUCGACCAAGGCUACCCACUUCCAACUCCCACCUUCGACCCAACUGAGAUUCUACAAUGA